AUGCAGCAGCCUCCGCAGCGCCGCGGCCAGCAAGAGCUUCAACAUCAGCGCCAGCAUCAGCACCAGCGCCAGCACUCGCGCCAGCACCAGGGCCGCAACACGCCCAUGAUUAACACUGCAGGCCAGCCGGCCUCACACAGUACCCAGCUCAAUGCGAUGGCCGACACCCCCAUGUCCGGCGGCGACGACAUUGUCGAUCAAAAUACAAAUGAGCUUCAACGGAGAGGAAGCGUGCCCCACCCUUUCUCGGGGUCCUUGGCCCAUGACGAACAAGACAGCCGCCUGUCCAUGAUGCAGUUUGGAAAUGGCGAGGACGCAUAUGAGGGCUUUCAGUUUGGUUCUCCAUCCGGAGGGGCCAUGUCGCAGGCCUUUGGCAACUUGGGUAACAACGGGGCCAUGCCAGGCCACUCUGGAUCGUUUUCACAGCAAGGUCCCAUGGCCAUGGCCGAUCAGAACAACUUUGCCAACCUUUCCCCUGAUAUUAUGGGCAAUAUGAUGGCUUUCUCGAGCCUGAAUAUGGGACAGAUGACUGCAGACCCCAGUUCCCUCAGCCUCUUCGACGCGUCUGCCAUGGGUAGUCAGUAUCCUUCCACCAACAUAGACGCCGUGACUACUGAUUUUACUAUGGACAUGAAUAUUGGGAGCGAACCCAUGAGCGCAACAAGCGCCAACACGGCUAGCGGGGCGAGAACCAAGGGUGAAGAUCAGGAUAUGAUGGGGAUUGAAGCGACUUUUAGUCCCCCCGCAGAAUCUCGCAACCCACAAAUGCACUCCCGCAAUGCCAUAGAUCCGGGGCUUUCUUCGUCGUUCCAGUCCAAUAUGCGGCCUCCUGACGUGUCGAGCGGUCUAUCUUUCCAGUCGCCCGCGUCAGCCACAUCUCGGACCAUCUCCCAAGCCAGUGCCAGGCAGCCAAGUAUUUCCGUCUCGAACUCGACUCCGAUGACACCUGCUGCCACUAGUACAGCCACCCCGCAGGAAGCGCCUCAAAAGAGUAUAUAUUCCAAAAGUGGAUUUGACAUGCUUAGAGCGCUGUGGUAUGUGGCUACACGCAAGUCACAGAAGAUCCAGCUCGGCGCUGUGGACAUGUCGUGUGCCUUCGUUGUCUGCGACGUCACAAUCAACGACUGCCCCAUCAUCUACGUGUCAGAUAACUUCCAGAACUUGACAGGCUACAGCCGCCAUGAGAUUCUCGGCCAAAACUGCCGCUUCUUACAGGCCCCAGACGGAAAGGUAGAUGCCGGAUCUAAGCGAGAAUUUGUCGAGAAUCACGCCGUAUACAAUCUCAAGGAGGCAAUAGCCAACGGAGAGGAAAUACAGCAGAGUUUGAUCAACUACCGCAAGGGUGGCAAGCCUUUCCUCAACCUCUUGACCAUGAUACCCAUUCCGUGGGAUACGGAUGAAAUCAAAUAUUUUAUCGGAUUCCAGAUCGACUUGGUUGAGUGUCCGGACGCCAUUUCGGGACACGAUGCUGGGGGGCAGGUGGUCAAUUACAACCAGAAGUACGAAGUUCCGGCCAAUUGGACGCAACAGAACUCGAGUCAGUGGGAACCUGAAAACGGCCAGACGUUAGGCAUUGAUGAUGUGUCGACUCUCCUGCAGCAGUCCAAUCAGUUCAAUCCGAAAGGUGUGGCAUCCGACUGGCACAAGCAGUCAUGGGAUAAGAUGUUGCUGGAAAACGCCGACGAUAUGGUCCACGUCCUCUCUCUCAAGGGACUGUUCCUAUACCUAUCACCGUCUUGCAAAAGAAUCCUCGAAUAUGACACGAUCGACCUGGUGGGGAACUCACUAUCCUCCAUCUGCCACCCUUCAGACAUUGUGCCGGUAACGAGAGAACUCAAGGACGCACAAUCCAAUGCUCCUGUCAACAUUGUAUUUCGCAUUCGGAGGAAACACAGCGGCUACAUGUGGUUCGAGAGCCACGGGACCUUGUUCUCCGAGCAGGGCAAGGGGCGCAAGCACAUCAUCCUUGUUGGGAGAAAACGCCCGGUAUUUGAGGUGCAGCGACACGAACUGGACGAAAAUGGCGGCAUCGGCGACACUGAGAUCUGGACCAAGGUCUCGACUUCGGGCAUGUUCCUCUUCGUCUCUUCGAACGUCCGGUCGCUACUGGACCUUCAGCCAGCGGAUCUCGAGGGCUCGAGUAUGCAGAACCUGAUGCGAAAGGAUUCGCGGCCCGAGUUUGGACGAACGAUAGAGAAAGCGAGGAAAGGCAAGAUUGCCAGUUGCAAGCACGAAGUUCACAACCGUAGAGGUCAAGUCCUGCAGGCGUAUACGACGUUUUAUCCCGGCGAUGCUGCCGAGGGCCAGAAGCCUACGUUUCUGCUUGCGCAGACGAAGCUCUUGAAAGCGUCAUCACGCGCAAUUGCCCAAGGAAUUGCUGGCACGAAAUCAGCGACCAGCACCGAGGGCGGAGGAGGGGCGAGCAUUCCGGCUCUAACUCACCAUGCCUCAACGGAUAGCACGGAUACCACAGACAGCUUUGAUCCGGAUUCUUUUUCGGCGGUCCCUCAGGAAGUCUUGCUGACGACAGAUAAUAACAUAUUUGACGAACUCAAGACAACGAGGUGCACAAGCUGGCAGUACGAGUUGCGUCAGAUGGAAAAGGUUAACCGAUUACUGGCGGAGGAGCUUGCUCAACUACUUUCCAACAAAAAGAAGCGAAAGAGGAGAAAGGGAAGUGGCAACAUGGUUCGGGAUUGUGCAAAUUGUCAUACGCGAAAUACCCCAGAGUGGCGGCGGGGACCAAGUGGUAACCGGGACCUCUGCAACAGUUGCGGCCUUCGUUGGGCAAAGCAGACCGGGAGGGUGUCGCCGCGCAAUUCGUCACGCGGUGGAAAUGGUGGAAACGGCGCGGACUCGCACAGCAAGAAGAGCAACUCUCCAUCGCACACAUCGUCGCUACACUGGGAGGUCAUCACAGAUGACAACUUGCCGCCCGUUGAGCCUCCCAGCCUCCACAGCAGCAGAGCGUCUUCGGGCGGAGGCGUUAUCAAUACUAACACGUCCUCGCCAACAACGACGCCGACGCCGACGCCGACGCAAGGCUUAGCGGUCACCACCACGGCAGCGGCGGCAGCGGCAACGGCAGCAGCAGCAGCAGCAAGCGAUAAGCUCCAACUCAAAAAUUUACCGCCUCAGAGUAGACCCCUGCUCGAAGGCGGCAGCGGCAGUGGUGGGAGUGGCAUGGAAAUGACGUCGAUCAGAGAGGAGUGGGAAUCGAACGUCUAG